CUUCGCUGAGUGAGAAGCCUUUGGUUGGACAUCGCCAUCCAGAUCGAUUGCAAUUGCAGAAGAAGCAGCUGAUGGUGCUGACAGACUGCUUACAGGGGGGCAGCAGCCUGCGGGACGGCUCCCUGGAGCUCAUGUUCUCAGGGCUGCGCCAGGAGCUCCCGCCCUCCAUGCACCUGCUCACCCUGGCCCGCUGGGGCCUAGGGACGCUGCUGCGCUUGGAGCACCAGUUCGCCAGUGGGGAGGACUCUGGCUGGAACUUGAGUUCCCCCGUGACCUUGGAUUUACAGAACCUGUUCUCCACCUGCACUAUCACCUGCCUGCAGAAGACCAUGCCGGCCACCAACCAGCCCCAGGCCAGUGCCUCCAGGCUCAAGUGGACACUAAAUACCAGUGGGCACCUAGCGUGGGAGGGGUGGGCUCCUGCCUGGGGCUGGUAGCUGGGGCGAUGUAUGAGGCGUGGGAAUGUGGGCCAGGAUCCAGUAUAGAACUUGAAGAACCUGGGCAGAUCCAGGCUCGGGGCUUCAGAUUCCCAAGUGGGUUCAGCCCAUGAGCAGUAGGUUGUGUGGGUUGAGCAUUCAGGCCUGGGAACAAGUUAUAAACUCUAUCAUGUGCUCAAAAUCUGUAGCUUGCUGGACGAUCUCGAGACAUGCACACCCAAAGAGGAGUGUGGGUGUUAGUGCCACCUUCGCCCAGUUUAAUUCUGCUGUGACAGAAGAUACUGGGUGAGAUUUCGCAGCCGCCAUGAAGGCAUCUUCCCUUCCGUUUCCAUAUUUUAACUGAUCUUGUGGGUGACCUGUGGCUUGUCUUGGGAGGGGUGGUAUCUGCCUGAGUUUCAGGAGCCUACUGAGAGGAGAGGGCUUGGUGUGGCAGAUGCCACUUCCCAGCUAAGGAGAAAGUGUGCAGCCAUCAUCUCUGGACAGCUGAACUCCAUCGUCAGGAAGCCUCCACCUGGCUGA